AUGGAUACUUGUUUGAACGGAAAAAGAUGGAGUUUUUCUGAACUCUUAUCAAAUGAAAUUUCACCUUGGGAUGUUCUAUCAUGGAGUUCCAGCGUAGAAAAAGCAGAUGACUAUGCACGAGUCUUCUAUAAUCGAUCGGAAAAUUUUGAAGACGAGCCAAUCCUAUGUCAAUGUUCAGAAGGAUUUCUAGGAAAGAAAUGCGAGUACCAACUUCUCUUCGAUCCUUCUUCCUUCAACAAGGCUUGGCCAGUACUUUUCAAAGCGCACAGGAAUAGUGAAGGUCAUCAACUGUACGGUAGUAUAUUAUGCUAUGAGACAUUAAAAUGUGACUCUGGAAUGUUAUGUCUUGAUUGGAGAGAUAUUUGCAAUGGACAACAAAAUUGUAUGGAUGGACUUGAUGAAGAAAACUGUGAUUUAUUGGAAUUUAAUGAAUGUGAAAACGAUGAAUAUCGUUGUACCGAUGGAAUGUGUAUAGCAGAAGAAUAUUGGAUUGAUGGUUCACUUGAUUGUAUGGAUGGGACCGAUGAAAUGUUCGCUCUACAUGGAGUUAAUUGCGUCGCUUAUCCGUGCCCCAUCGAUUGUGAUGACCAUAAAUGUCCCAUACAUCAGUGGUCAUGUGGAGAUGGUCAAUGCAUUCCUUAUUUUAAGCGAUAUAUCUACCAAACAGAAUGGCGAGAUUCUAUAAUGUGCCUCAGUAUGCGGGAGUUCAAUUACAUGUGUGAAUUAGCAUCUGACGAAUCAUAUUGGACAAAACCGGAUGGUCUUUGUACGGAACGGGGCUACCAUGAUACUUCUUUGAUACUCUCAUCGAACUUGGAGAAAUGCAUCUAUUACAUUCGCUGCGCACUUUCGAAGGGAGCUGAAAUUCAAUGCCCAUGUAAUGGAACAAACUGUAAUACAUUGAUGCAAGAAGUCUGUGAGCAUGGUAGCAGCUAUCUAUAUCCAGGUCGAGGCAUUAUCCGGCCAUGGAUUAAGCAAUAUUAUUCAUGGGAACAAACUUGGAAUGACAAGACACCGGCUUUGGCUCUGUUCGUGGGAAGUAUUAGAUGUCGAGGAUUUCACAUUGUUUUGAAGCAGGAAGAUAACUUUGAAUUCACGCUACCUUAUAAUCUAUAUCCAUUCUCCAAUCUAGAUGAUAGAUUCUGUCCUAUUAUGCCAAUGAAACAUCGGAAUAUUAUGUCGUUGUACAAAUAUUCAGCUACAUGUUGGAAUGAUUCGUUCACUUUCAGUGGACGACCGUAUGCCUUUUGUGAUAUUUGUCCGAAUUCAAGUAUAUGUUUUUCACAAUAUCGAAUUGCAGAUGGGAUACAAGACUGUGCAUAUGGAGAGGAUGAAGAUAGUCGUGCAGUUGAAAAAAGAAAUUAUUGUCACAACAUUCAAAAGCAUCGAUUCCAGUGCUCUUCAGAACAGAUGACUUGCUUAACACUUCAAAGUCUGACUCAAAUUCAAAACUUUGGAAGCACGUGCGUAAAUAAGUACGAUAUAAAAAUUAAAGGUGAAGGACAAUAUCUGGAUAGCAUAGUUUGCGUUGAUGUUAUAGACAUCAGCGACUGCAAUCUACUUCGAUAUUAUAUUGGCAAUUCAUCUAUUCCGAAUUCCAACUUUACAAAUACUGAUGCCGAAUCCAACAGUGGACAGCGAUCACUAGGUGUAACUCCUUUUCAUUAUUACUGUGACACAUUUUGGGACGAACAACCACUACACGAUGAUGAAAAUACGACUAAUUGCCAAUCUUGGAUUUGUCCAGAAGAAUUUUUUCGAUGCAACACUAGUCAGUGUAUUCCAAUCGAUUGGGUAUGUGAUGGAGAAUGGGAUUGUUCGGAUGCAAGUGAUGAAUUCGGUCUACCCGAGCAAUGGAUCAAUCACAAUGAACAUCUAUCCAACCAGUUGAAUGAUCGAAAAAAAUUAUGUAAAGCGAACUAUGCAGCAUUACCAUUUCGUGAUUUCUGUAACUUUAGUCGCGAAUAUCCUUGUUAUCGAUCAACAGUUUCCCAUCCCUUAGACGUCAACAAAAGUCGGCCGUGCAUCAAUCAUGUACAAAUUGGCGAUGGCACCGAAGAUUGUUAUGGAGGUAUUGAUGAAAAGAAUACUUUCAAAGAUUGCAACGGAAAUAUGCUGGGAUAUACACUAAAAUGUGGAAACAAAUCUACAGGUUCUUUACGAAAAUGUGACAAAGAUAUAGCAUGCUCAACAUCUGUACUCUGCUCCUAUAAAAGUAAGAAUUCGUCUUGGUGUGCUGGACUACAAGAUGUUGUUUGUCUGGAUGGAACAUGUGUAGAAAAUGCUCGAUGCGAUGGAAUGUAUCAGUGUCCACAUGGAGAAGAUGAGCACUGGUGCCCAUCGGAAAAAAGAUCCGAAGCCAGUAUAGGUUAUCGAUAUCUAAAGCACAAAAACAGAAGUAUCCAGUAUGCUCUACCUGAUAUACGCCCUUUUCCCAAGGUAAAUGUUCCACCUCUUGAAAAGAAAAACAACAAAUCACCUUUUGAAUGGUCAUCGUCACAAUCAUCACUAGUGAAUUAUUUCGUAAGAGAACAGAACAAUUCUAAAAAUUUAUUUUCUAAAAGCAUAGAUCCGGGAAUUGAAAUACAGUUAUCAUAUAUAUGUAAUCGAGGUUUUCCACUUUGGAGUCCUGAUACAAUGUCUUAUCGAUGCCUGUGCCCACCAACUUUCUAUGGACUUCAGUGCCAAUUUUUCUCUGAUCGCAUCUCAGUCAUCACCCAUUUGGAUUUGCCUACUUUUCCAGUCAAUAGUUCAGCUCGUUUAAUAACAGUUGUAGCUAGUUUCCAUUUCAGAAACGUCGUUAUGGACCAUCAUAUCUUUCACGUUAAUCCUUUGUUGGAAACUAACAAACCUAUCAAACAUAGAUUCUAUUUACUCUAUUCUCGAUCCGAUGCUUACUUAAAUCAUAAAAAAUCGCGAUAUUUCAAUCGAACCGACAUCCUUCAUGAUCAUCCAUAUGAAGUUUACUUUGAUAUCUUCGUACUAACUGAGAAUGCAACGGAACAGAUUGGUUCUUUCUAUCAUCAAAUCUACUUUGAUUUUCUUCCAGCUUUUCGUCUAGCUACUGUCUUAAAAUUUCCAUCAUGGAUCAGUAAUUCUACAUUUAAUCCCUGCAUUCCCAAUCCAUGUAACGCAAAUGCUUAUUGUAAUCCAAUUCUGAACAAAAUGCGAUAUUAUAUAUGCUCAUGCAAAUCAGGCUAUAGUGGUUCGAAUUGUGAGGAAUAUCAUACCGAGUGUUUGAUUUAUUGCAGCUCUGAUUCCAUUUGUCGAGCAAACUAUCGUGGUUUGAUUGCUAAUACUCAGCAUCCUCUUUGCAUUUGUCCUUUUGAUCAUUUUGGCCCUCGAUGUCAUCUCCGAAAUGACGCUUGUAUAUCAAAUCCAUGUGGAUUGAAUGCAACAUGUUAUCCAUCAUAUGAUCCUAGUGGAGAAAAUAAUGUCAUUUGUGUGUGUCCUGAACGGUUUUAUGGUGAUCGAUGUCAGAAUGAAAAGUUAAUGAUUCACAUUCAAGUAAAUAUGACAGCAUUGAUAACAGUGGGCGUUACCCAAUUCUACGAUCAUUUUAAACUAUUUAACACACUUUUAUUAUCCCAUCAAGAAGUGACACACGGUUUGCCAAAAAUAAUUCGCUAUGAUAAUGACCGAGAAGAAUUUCCUCUUAUGGCUCUAUUAAAGAUUUACCAAGAAUUGUCGAAUCCAAGAUAUUUUAUUGUUUACGCUCAAUGGCUUACGGGACCUAUUAAUAUAACUUCAAUACCCGCAGAAUGUCCACAUGUUUUAGACAUAUUUUCUCAAGGUAAUAUAUUUCUCCAGUAA